AUGCUCAAGAUUCAAUCAUUCAUUGUUCAGCAUGGUAGUAGUUGUAGAGGUAUUGCACGAGCAACCUCCACUUCACACUUCCUCACAUCGAUAUCAUCUUCAUCACACUUGAGAGCUGCAACCUUUGCCUCCAAGAAGCCAAACAAAGACACCUUUGGCAAACAAGAGGUCAUCGAGACUCCAUCAUUGUUGACCAUAAGUUCAUACUAUAGAUAUCCAGAGUUUGGAGUCAACAACUAUGUUAACUUGACUAGGGAGACUGUGUUGAUGGUGAAGAAGCCAAGUGAUAGUCUAUUCAACUCAACAACCAAAGCAGUAUAUGGUGUUGGUUGUGCACAUGUCACACAUCCAUUCCUCUAUCCCUAUCUUUACAGUGAAGAUCGACAUCAACUAUUGCUCGCACUAGGUGAAUCAAACAUAAAGACACAGUUAGAGUAUAGAGAUCAAAAGACAGGUAGGGUACUACAGACAGUACCAUUACAUCGACCAUUCUACCUUCAUCCAACACUAGAUCUAGUCUGCUUCAAGAUGAACAUUGAUGACUUGUUGAAGAGUAACCUACCCUUCAAGCCAUCGAUACUAGAGUUGGAGAAAUAUGAAGAGCCACGCAAAGGACAUACUGGUAAACUAUUUGGAUAUCAAAUGAUUAGUGAUAAGGAUGAUAUUAUGACACCUGUUGAGAGCGAGUAUAGAUUCAAUGUGGCAGAGCCAGCCAAUCACUUUGUUCAAACAAAGUCUGUGAUGGCACCAAGUAUAAGAGGAGGACCCGCUGUCAACUUUGACAAUGAGGUGGUUGGUAUGAUCGUUGCCAUGGUCAAGCUGGAUCCCAAGGCAAUCGAAGAGCACGAAGAUGAGAACAGAAGGAUAUUCCUUAAUUCACUCAAUUCCAACACAGUAUAUCUACCAUCUGAAGUGAUCAAUCAAUUCAUCUCUGAAAUUGACAGCAGCUGA